AUGGACAGUCGUUAUGCCCUAGCAGUGCAUAUCAUCUCACGCCGCUGGGAGUAUUAUAUUAGCGGUGAAGCCCGCUUCCGUGUAUUUUCUCGACCAAUUCGCGCCCUGGGCAGGAUACGAAGAUCACUGUUAAUGAACAAGAAGGGCAAGGUGGAAAGGGAGCACAUUGCCUCGCCAUCCUGCCGUUUGUUCGACGGCAUCAACGGCCACGCCCUGAGCAUCGCCCAGAUGAAGAACUACCGGAACGUGCGGUAUCUGGUCCCCAAGACGGCGGCCUGGACGGCUGCCGAGGACGAGGCCAUCUUGGAGCAGGACAGCCUGUUCUUCCUCACGGGCGAGACCAACGGCUCGGCCUCGGAAAGAGAGUGGCACUCCUUCCACCCGCCGAGGCAUUGGCUGCGCAUCGUACCACGCCCUGGGCCGCGUGGACCUAGAUGGCCUCUGGCACUGGCGCGAGAUACAGACGCCAUCAGGCCUGAGGAUGAAGAAGAGCAUGCGCGCGUCUGGGCCACCAUCAUCGAGGAGUACCCUGAGAUGGUAACCGGGUAUAAGGCGGUCAAGGAGCAUAACCUCGAGCAAAACGAGAAGCUCAUGGCGCCGUACCGCGCCAAGCAGGAAGCUGCCCUCCAGGAAUGGCAUGUCUUCCGCGAACGCGUGGCGGCAUGGAUCUCAUGCCAGGGAGGAGGAGAUGAUGCGCAAGGGCAGCACAGUCAAGCAGUGGAAGCGGAACCAGGCCCAGGCCCAGACUUUGACUGGCGGUGCCUCUACUGGCGGUGCCAUCCUAUGAACCCGUGCGUGCCUGGCCUCCGCAACCGGGAGCGCAUCUGGAAUGAUUGUCAAACGAUCCUGCAUUAUGUGGGUCUGGGGUCCGCGACAGGCCAGAUGGAGAGGAGCCGGGCGGAUAUUCUCAAGAAGGCCAUGGAUCCAUCGCAACCGGGGUGGACUACAUUAGUCAACCGGGACUACGGAUAG